AUGAUUAAAAUUCACCAGGAUAGAAUAUUCAUGGAUCAUCAUCAGGCACUCAAACCUGGGCACGAUGAUCUCACAAAUAAUUCCUCCCAUUUAGAUAUCAUCAGAAAAAAGCAUUCUCAAUCAGCCUUGGCAAAAUUAGUUUCUUCGAGUUCUCCCAAACGUUUCAAAACUACCAAUGUGAGCGCCUCGCUCUGUAACUCACCUCAAUUCUUCCGAAAUCCUUCUGAAGCAAAUGUUUCAGUGAUUGGAGAAUCAGGAAGAGAGGUCCAUUCCUUACAAUCAGCUCUGAAUAAGAUGCAUAUAUUAAAUGAGGCUUCCGCUUCCUCCUUAAAACAUCCCAACGCCAAGCUUCCGAACCUGCAUAAACAUCGUUCCCUGAAAGAGGAGAUCACGCUUCAAGACCAAACCAUUUCUUUCAAUAUGAACCCCAUGAUUCAUCCAUCAUCCUCAAUGGGGUUACUUACAGCUAAUGAUGAAAUGAAGACUCCCAACAUCAAAGAAUCAAAGACACAUCAAGAUGUAAAAACACAAUCCAAAUCUCAACUAACAUUAGAAGGAUCAUCCAUUGAUAUCUCAACUUCUCCAUUUGAAUUUCCCUAUGUAACCAUGAAGAACGGCAUGCAAUUAGAUAAGAGUUUUGAGAAAUCACAGCAAGAACAGCAGCAGGUAAUUGAGGAAAAGGGUCCCUCAGCAACAGACUCAAAUGUGACCAACCAAGAAUUAACAGGAGCUCCUGAAUCUGCUCCCUUGCCUGAAACACUAUUGGCGACGACACAACCAGAGAUCUUAGAAACAGCUCCAUCAAGUAAUGUAGAACCGCCACCUUUGACUUCAACGUAUCAAGAAGAACCAAUUACAGCGCAAGAAACCAUCCGAUUAGAGCAUCUUCCAAUUCCACAGCGACAAUGCGAAAAACCUCCUCAACCCGCUCAAACAUACGUGUUUCCAUACGAGAUUUCAAACAAGAAGAAAUCCAUUGAUGUUGUCAUACCCUCACUGACAUAUCCUCAGCAAGACAACAAGGAAGCGUUUGAAAGAUUUUACAGAUCCGUUUCGCCAAACAAUAAUAACAAGAGUCACCAAGCUGUUCCACGUCCUCCUAAAUAUGAUGCUCAUUUGCAACCAUUGUCAGCACCAGUAUAUGACAAGAAUUAUCAUCGGAUGAUGGAAACUUCUUCAAACGUUCCGUCGUCGCCUAGAUAUGAUUUGGAUGGAACUUACUGUCGCAGUUCAGUUAGCAUGUCAACAGAGAAGAAAAAGCAAGACUCUUUUAAACUUCCAAGCAUUUUCAAGAAAGAAUCAACCAGUGAUGUCAGAAAAAGCGAUCACCUCAUUACUCUAGACAUUGAUGCUUCCCUUUUUACAAAUAUCGACUCAAAACCUCCCUUUGUAAAUACUGCCAUUGAAAAAGCCUCCACACCUCUGAAUGCAAAUAGAGACAAUAGCCCAACAUUGGCGUUCACUUCUUUAAACAAAGUUAUACAUGCUAAGGUUCUUGGAAUGCAAGAUCAAACAAGUUCAAACAAUGGAAAUCCCUCCCUGACGCUGCUCACACCAAACGAUAUUCACCUAUACAAGUAA